AUGCAUUCUCCCUCGAUCAAUUCAUCUGAAAUUGUCAAUUCGAAGUCGCAUUUUCCUUCGACAGAUCCAGCUUCAAACAAUAAUUGUGAGAACAAAAGCGUGUUUGCGCAACCUCAACCGGUUGGUAAAGGAGAAGAGAACUUGAAGACAGAGUCUUCGAAUUCAACAUCCUCAUCUGCAUCACAAAAACAUGCUCACUCAUUGCGAAGAAGGCCAACACAUAGCAUAGAAGAUCGACAGGCAGCUGAAGAAGAAGAGGAAGCCGCAAGACUUGAAAAGAAGCGAAGAGAUGCGAGAAUUGCGAACAAAGACAUCAGAUGCAAGGAAUUGGUGGCUGCAACAGAAGCAGCUGACGGUAUGACAUCGGCUGAGUUACGGCGAUGGACAGCAGCAGAUGAUGUUGCGUUGGUUACAGCCGUCACACAUGUUCAUGACCUAAGAGCUGCCUAUGGUAGCAUUAAGUUCAGUCGGCCAUACUCCAUGGAGGACAUAGAGGAGAGGUGGUACCAAUUGAUGUACGACGACACACUUUCAAGACAAGCGAAAAAACGAAUGAAUGAGCUACCGGUUGAGGAGAUUUUGAGAAUUCAAGUAUGUUUUAUGUGCUGA